UUCCGGACUUUUAUUCUGAAACCGGAAGUUUUGUAUUUUUAUGUGCGCUAGGAAUAAAUUCGUAGUUUAUUACUACUAUUCUAAUUAUUUUUGAAUUAAUUUAUCAUCAUGUCGGGUGAUAAUAUAAUCGGACCUGCUUUACCACCGGGGUUACGAGCGAGCAGAAGUGAAGAAUCAGAUGAAGACGACACGAUCAUAGGUCCAGCUCUGCCUCCACUUUAUAAACGCACAGAGUCCUCCAGUUCAUCUAGUGAUCAGGAACAGGUCGUGUUCAAGAGAGCCAAAUACUCAGGACAGGGGACAGGGGACAGUCUGUCUCAUAAGAAGAGAGAAGCAGCUGGGAGGGAUGAGGAGGAUGAUGAUGGCUUCUUUGGUCCAGCUCUGCCUCCAGGAUACCAGAAGCAGGACAGUUCACCAGAAAGGCUGCCGGUGCUCGGACCUGCGCUGCCUCCAGGCUUUAAAAAGCAGCAUGAUGAUGACGAGGAUGAAGAAGAGGAUGAAGGCAGAGGGGUUCUAGGACCAGCACUUCCUCCUGGAUACAAAGCAGAGUCUUCUAGCAGCGAGGAAGAGGACAGGGACAUCAUCGGGCCCAUGCCGUCCAAAGACGGAGUUCAGAGCUCCGUAGCACUGGACUUUGAAAGAAGAGCGAAGAGGAUGAAGGACAGAUUACUGGGGCGGGACGAUGAGCCUGAGAAGCAGCAGAGGGAGAGCUGGAUGACGGAGCUGCCUCCUGAGCUGCAGCACGUCGGACUGGAAGCACGAACAUUUAAGAAGCGAUCAGGACCCGAAGACAAGGACCGGUCCAUUUGGACCGACACGCCUGCCGAUCGAGAACGCAAAGCCAGAGAGAGACAAGAAGCGAAAGCGAGAGGUGAGACACCUAAAGAUGACGGCCCUCGUCUCUCCAAGAAAGAUCUGGAAAUGGCGGAGAAAGUGUCCAAGUACAACGAGGCCAAAAGAGGCGAGUCUCUCCUGAGCAUGCAUGCCAAGAAAAUGAAAAAGAAAGCUGAGGAAGACUCCAAAAAGCCGGUGGAGUGGAGGCCCUUUGACCGAGACAUCGACCUGCAGGUCAAUCGCUUCGACGCGGCGCAGAAAAAAGCUCUGCUGAAGAAGAGUCAAGAGCUUAACACACGCUUCUCACACAGCAAAGAUCGAAUGUUCCUCUGAGGAACUGAGUACAGACUGAGAAACGUUGCUAAAAAUCAUCAGCCAAGCAUCCAAGUAACCACUUGGACUGAAAUCACGGACUCCUUUAAAGGCGCAGUGUGUAACAUCUUUAAAAAAGUUAAUGUGUUUUUGUUAUUAUACGAUAUCAUGAGAUUCAUUAGAAAGACAAGGAAAAAACAACAUGAUUCCAUAUAUUGUCAAGCAAUGUUAAGAUUUCUGGCCCUGAAAUGAGCUCCACCCCCAGCCCUUUUCCUUAAAAAGCAACAACACAAAGAAUAUAUUGAUUUUACAGGAUCUUGGAUUGGUUGAAGAAAGUUGAAAAGCUUAUGUUGUUUUUAGUCGAGUGGGCUGUAAAAGUUACAAACGGCUCCUUUAAAGACAGGAAAUCUGAGAAGCAUGCUGCGAAGAUGGCAACGUUUAGGGAGGAUUGAACAAGGGAACCAAAAUGAUGAUGAUUUCAAAACAAGUUGAAGCAGGUUAUCAAGCGAAACAAUAAGUCACAUAAGUUAGUUGCGUGUAAACUUGUCUGAAUUAAAUAUUGUGUGGAGGAAAACAUCUGUUUAUUCAUCUCAUUUCUCUUUUUUUGUAAAGUAAGCAGUACAUCAACAAUGUUGAUGUAAAAUGUUGAGAAAUAAUGGAGAAACUGCACAGGUGCAAGAAAAAAAAAUAUAUAUACUUCCGGUUAGGUGAGUAUGAUAUUGUACAGGAAUCUUUACUUUGUUGUUUGGGUUGGGGGUUUUAAAGUGGCUGUGAUGUCAAAUAUUAUUUUGUGUGUUUUUAUUUCUGUGCUGCAUUUUCAUGCUUUUAUUAAAGUGAGAUUAAUAAAGAUUUCACAGAGGAUUUGAA